UGUAACCCCCUUGGCCCCUUGACCCAAAAUUCCCAAACCCCCAACCCCGUUGAUCAGUGCAGACUGCAGAGACCAAAAAGGCAGAAACGCACCAGACCGCCGCCGCCGCCGCCGCCGCCACCACCGCCGACGUCGCCACCGGCACUCCGUCUCCGGCAGAAUCCGUCGACUAUUCGGACCAGGAUUCCAGAAAAGGUUUUUUCAUCACGGGUAACAUAUCGACGCUGCUUUGCAGCCACUCGUCAGUCAGUCGACACGACCACAGACCACCGCUGCAGCACCGCCCCCACCUUCUAUUCUUCAUUUUAGUUGCCGAUUUCUUGAUCACUCCAAUUUCUUGGGAGAUGCAAAUGAUUCGAGGCUCUUCAAUUUGGGAUAAACUAGUUUGGACAGUGUGUUUCUCGAAGCUGGUGUUUGAAAUAUCUUUGUGUAUAGGAAAGCAAUGGAGGAUUCUUCUGCUUUUGAAGAUGUCUAUGUUUCAAUUCCUUGUGGCGGUCCGGUAUACGUCCCGGACAUGGUUGGUCCACUCACUAGCGUUUCUGAAUUCCGGUCAUGUGUUGAAGAUGAACUCAAGGAUCUCAGAAAGGAGUUGUGCUUGGAUUUGACUGAAGAACGUCAUCAUGAAAUUUCGGUUGAUGAACUUAAAAUCCUCAGCGAGGAGGAGCUGGUAGAAAAAGCAUUUCAAGCAACACUCAAUGGUGGUAACUUCACAAGAGAUUCUUCACUAUCUUUAGAAGAGUGCUCUGAAGGGGCAACAAAUUCUAGCAGCACCGUUGAUGCCGAUGUUGCAUGUUUGGUAAAAUCAGGAACAGACGAGGAUUAUGUACUGUCAAACAGUCUUCCAAAGAGAUCUAGGAGUACCCGCAAUAACGGGAAGUUGAAUCGCAAUGUUACUAAGAAGAGCAAAAGAGUGACACAGAAGGAUACAGCUGACGCAGAAGAAGAUUAUAUGGUAGAGGUGGAGAAAGUAGCUGAAAUUAAACAAAAACAAGAAGAAGAUAAAAAAACCGCAAGAUUGCAUUCUUUUAGUGGUGCGUCUGGGCCCGUUUCAUGUAUGACUUCUUCAGAGAAGAAGGAACAGAUGUCAUCCUUUAAUUUUACAAAUUCUUCAACCCAGCAGGUGAAAUCAUCAAGUACUGGUGAACACAUACCACUACACAGUAGUGAUAUUCUUCUUUGCAUAGAAGUUUAUUAUAUUAACCGACAUUCAGUACGGGUUAAGACUCAAGAAAUCUUGGUUCUCGGACAGCAAUUAUUAACUGCACUACGAGACAAAUUAUAUUGUUUGACCGACGAAAUCAUGAAGCUAUCGAAAAAGCACGAUCCGUCUGGAUAUUUUCUUAUCGAAGAUAUAUUUUACAAUGAUUUGAGGGAAGCCGAUGCUACAGACUACAGUAAACCCAUACUUAAAUGGCUUACAGAAUCGAAAGAAACCGCACUGGAAAAGUGGGAAUGUAUUUUAUCCGGUGAACUGCAGCAGAAACAGAAAAAGUUAUUAGGCAGUGGAAGCGGACCGAAAUUACCGCAACUUAGAGCCCGUCCGAUGCAGACCACGCGUUUUUGUGACUUGAGUUUUCGACUUGGGGCAGGGUAUCUUUACUGUCAUCAGGGUGAUUGCAAGCAUAUAAUGGUGAUUAGAGACAUGAGAUUAGUUCAUUCAGAGGAUGUACAGAAUCGAGCUGCUUAUCCCUUAAUUGUGUUCCAGUCGAAACUGCGUUUCCAGAAGUGCUCGUGCUGUAAGAUUUUUAAAGCGGUAAAGGUGACGGUGGAUGACAAAUGGGCUCCGGAGAAUCCUUGCUAUUUCUGUGGCAUUUGUUAUUACAUGCUUCAUUAUUCGGACAAUAAACUCAUAUACGAUGAAUUCAAGGUUUUCGAUUAUAUUCAUGAUUAGUUUUUAAGAGGAUGGAAGAUUCAUUUUGGAACAAGAGGAUCAUGAUGAUGAUGAAGAGGAUGAGCUUGUAGAGAAUGAUGCUUGGGUGGCUUGCCAAAUUUUGUAAAAACUUAAGGUUUUUUCUAUGCGGUGUUUAAAUAUCUGUUAUAAGAUCAUUUAUUUCAACUGGACGGGCUCAUUUCAUACACAAAACACACACACAUCGUGAGAAACAGUAGAUCAACAUAAUUAUUUGUAUAUAUUAUCGUUGUUGUGAUAUCUGUAAACACAUAACAUUGGUCG